GCCAAGUUUGCCCCCGCCCCUGACGCUCUGCGUGCCUCUCCGUCCGCUUUCGUGCUGUGUUUUCUGUCAGUCCCUGGCUGGGAACCGGCGGAACAAGAUGGCGUCCCGGACUAUGCAAGCUGCAAGAUGUCCCACAGAUGAACUCUCCCUAAGCAACUGUGCUGUGGUCAAUGAAAAGGACUUUCAGUCUGGCUUGCAUGUGGUAGUGAAAACGUCACCAAACCACAAAUACAUUUUUACACUAAGAAGUCAUUCCUCAGUUGUUCCAGGCACCAUUGCCUUCAGUCUACCACAGAGAAAAUGGGCUGGACUUUCUAUUGGGCAAGAAAUAGAUGUUACUUUGUAUAACUUUGAUAAGACCAAACAGUGCAUCGGCACUAUGACCAUUGAGAUCGACUUUCUGCAGAAGAAGAGUGUUGACUCUAACCCUUAUGAUUCAGACAAAAUGGCAGCAGAGUUCAUCCAGCAGUUCAACAAUCAAGGAUUCACAGUUGGACAACAGCUUGUCUUUAGCUUCAAUGACAAGCUUUUUGGCCUCCUGGUCAAGGACAUUGAAGCCAUGGAUCCCAGCAUCCUUAAAGGAGAACCUGCUACAGGAAAAAAACAGAAGAUCGAUUCUGGUCUUGUUGUUGGGAACAGUCAAGUUGCAUUUGAAAAGGCGGAGAGCUCUUCCCUCACUCUCAUAGGAAAAUCGAAAACUAGGGAAAAUCGUCAAUCUAUCAUUAACCCAGACUGGAAUUUUGAGAAGAUGGGCAUUGGGGGUCUUGAUAAGGAAUUUUCAGAUAUUUUUCGGCGUGCAUUUGCCUCCCGGGUUUUCCCACCUGAGAUUGUGGAGCAGAUGGGCUGUAAGCAUGUGAAAGGCAUCCUCUUAUUUGGCCCCCCUGGAUGUGGUAAGACUUUGAUGGCCAGGCAAAUUGGCAAGAUGCUGAAUGCCAGAGAACCAAAAAUUGUGAACGGACCUGAAAUCCUCAACAAAUAUGUUGGCGAGUCAGAGGCCAACAUUCGCAAGCUCUUUGCAGAUGCUGAAGAAGAACAAAAAAGGCUUGGUGCAAACAGUGGUGUCCAUAUCAUUAUCUUUGAUGAGAUUGAUGCUAUCUGCAAACAACGAGGAAGCAUGGCAGGCAGUACUGGUGUCCAUGACACAGUUGUGAACCAACUUUUGUCCAAAAUUGAUGGAGUUGAGCAGUUGAACAACAUCUUGGUCAUUGGCAUGACUAAUAGGCCAGACCUGAUAGAUGAGGCUCUCCUGCGACCUGGACGACUGGAGGUGAAAAUGGAGAUUGGUUUGCCAGAUGAAAAGGGACGAAUACAGAUUCUUAACAUCCACACUGCAAGGAUGCGGACCCAUCAGCUGCUUGGGCCAGAUGUUGACAUUUCAGAACUGGCAGUGGAGACCAAGAACUUCAGUGGUGCUGAGCUUGAGGGGCUGGUUCGUGCAGCACAGUCCACUGCUAUGAACAGACACAUUAAGGCCACCUCCAAAGUAGAAGUUGAUAUGGAGAAGGCAGAAUCUCUGCAAGUGACAAGGGGUGACUUCUUUGCUUCUUUGGAUAAUGAUAUCAAGCCGGCAUUUGGGACCAACCAGGAGGAUUAUGCAAGCUAUAUCAUGAAUGGUAUUAUUAAAUGGGGUGAUCCUGUCACUCGGGUGCUGGAUGAUGGUGAACUUCUAGUUCAGCAGGCCAAAAACAGUGAUCGCACCCCCUUGGUCAGUGUCCUCUUGGAAGGUCCACCUCACAGUGGGAAAACAGCUCUGGCUGCAAAGAUUGCAGAAGAAUCUAACUUCCCCUUUAUCAAGAUCUGCUCUCCUGACAAGAUGAUUGGCUUUUCAGAAACUGCCAAAUGCCAGGCAAUUAAGAAGAUCUUCGAUGAUGCUUACAAGUCACAGCUCAGCUGCGUGGUUGUGGAUGACAUUGAAAGGCUCCUUGAUUAUGUUCCGAUUGGACCCCGAUUCUCCAACCUGGUGUUGCAGGCUCUUCUGGUGUUACUGAAGAAAGCGCCACCACAGGGCCGCAAGCUCUUGAUCAUUGGGACCACCAGUCGCAAGGAUGUCCUGCAAGAAAUGGAAAUGCUGGAUGCUUUCAGCACAAUGAUUCAUGUUCCAAACAUUGCCUCAGGAGAGCAUCUCAUGGAGGCCCUGGAGCUCCUGAGUGGCUUCAAAGACAAAGAACGCAGCACUAUUGCCCAAAGUGUCAAAGGGAAGAAGGUUUGGAUUGGAAUCAAGAAACUCCUGAUGUUGAUUGAGAUGUCAUUACAGAUGGAUCCUGAGUAUCGAGUGAGAAAAUUCCUGGCACUUCUAAGAGAAGAAGGAGCCUUAUGCGAUUAAUGCCUGGUGCACAACUGGCUAUUGAAUUUGCAUGCACUUGCCCUCUCUGGAUUCCCAUCUGUGUAUGCUGCCAGCGUCCAUACCGUACCCUCGGUCCUCCCCAAGAUACAUUCGCCCCUUGUGGAAGUUGCACUCUCUCUCUUUGCAGUAGCCCACUGGAUUUAUAAUGAAGUCAGAGUCAUCUUCGGACGCCACUGGCUGGAAAAGCAACCAUGCAGGAGGCCACCCCACUGGAACCAUCAUCUCUCUUUCAUGUGGUGCAUCCGGACAAGAGCAUAACAUCCAGAGACUCCCCCAUCUCUCCUUUUUGCAUGUUGGACACAACCAAAUGCUCCACCCUUUGUUAUCUGUUGUCUUCAGUAUCCUGAUGUUUUGUGGCAAAUCAUAUCUCUUCAAAUGUAAUUGCUUUUGUACUGUGCUGCUUGCUGCACCUGUUCAAUCGGUGUUGGUGCACAAAGAGGAGGAAUGGAAAUUUGCCAAGUACAGGUCUGUAGAUGUUAAUGCUGACACUCAGAUUAGCUCCUUCUGAAUAGGGAAGUCUUUUCUCAUUCCUAACUUGCAGCACUCCAAUGUGAAAGAUGAUUAAAGUUUGCAGAGUUCUAAACGCACUUUAUACCCAGUGGCUCCCCCAACUUCUUCCACAUCUCGUUGCAUAGCUGCUCCUUUCUUAUAGACCUGUACCACAUUGUGGAGCUCCUUAGACUUAACAGUAGCUCUAGAAUUAAAUGCAAUCACUUGUUUCGUAUGAACUAGGAUCAGAGAAUAUGUUCUGACUAGAUUUUCCUUUAAAAAGAUAAGACUAUCAUAGCAGUAACUUUGGAGGCUCAAUAACAUCUACAGUGGCUGCAUCUAGUAUCUCCAGGGUUGUUUUCCUACCAGUUACAACAGCAGUAAUGGGGUUCUGGUGUAAUUAUGGUUUUGGUCUAAAAUAUAAUAUAGUUGUACCUAUAGAAGCAGAGUUCAUGAGAUUCCUCUAAAGCUUUAGGCGGGGAGGGGUAUCCUACAUUUUAUAAUAGUGGUUGUUAUUUGUUGGAGUCAUAUCUGAUCUCUUCUAAGGGAAGGUUACACAUGUUUAUUUGGACAACUCAGGUUCUCCAGAUGUUGUUAGACUGCAAAUCACCAUGGCACUUGAGAGCAUAGCCAGUGGAGGAGAAUCAUGCAAUUAAAACACCUGAAAAGCCUCAGUUGCCCAUCCUUGAAUUAGAAACAUGCAGCUUCUACAGUUUGUAGGUGCAGGUAAUGCCAUUCCUCUGGCAAGUGAAAUGUCUGCACUGUUAGCAUUUCUUUAAUCAAGAGCAAUGUAUUGCAUGGCUCUGAAUACAAGUGGCUGGAUCAAUCUGUCAGUUUGAUGAUGUCCUUUAUUACUGGCAUGGCUCCUCCUCUCUAAGCUGCAUAAAUUGAGAAGAUGAAAAUAACAUGUGAUUUCCUCCAAACCUUUGCGGCAGAAGUUCUGUUUGGAGCUGCUACAGUGUACUUGAAUCACAACUGAUAAUAUUUAUUUUAAUGUGGGUUAGCCUGUUUUUUUUAAAGAAAUGCCUUUGGUUUUUUUCUUUUAAUGUUGAAAAUUAUGUGAAUCCCUGGCGGACCUAUAAGAUCCCUUCUUUUUUUUAGGUUGUGUGAUUGGGCUGCUUCCACCUGCACCCUUCUCUCCACCACCAACCUUGCAAACCACAACCCCUUUUCUUUUUUUCCUUAUCUUUCAGUGAAAGCAACACACACACACACAUUGUAUUAAAUGUAAUGUCUUGGAGGAAAUGAUGUAAACAUUUUUAUUGUGUUUUUUGUCCAAAGCUAUAUUGAGAGAGAAAAAUACAAAUAUAUAUAUAUAUGUAAACAGUUAUAUAUAUAUGUUGAUUUACUGACUGAAUGAGUGAGUGUAUGGUUAUAAUGCAGAUGAACUGAUGCAAUAAAAAAUCACCGAUACAGAACAUA